AUGAGUUCUCCGCGCUCCCGUUACUAUUCGUAUGCCCCCUUCCUCUCGCUGUCCAGUAGAGAGUCUGGGUUCCUGGGGUCAGGCAGUGGUCUCCUCUCUCCUGGGCCAGGACAGUACAACAGUGACAUUACCAGGAAUCAUAUUUUGGGAGGAAACAGUCUUCAGAAUCGCUCCAAGCGCUUUGAUGACGCGGUGUCAUAUGUGCUGGGACCGGGAGCGUACAAUGUUACGAAUGAUGUUUCACCUGCAGGGAAAAAAACAACCAAUCCUGAGAAGAGCCCGAAGGCUGUCUCUAAAGCGGCGAGGUUGCUGCUAAAUCCUGAUGCUCCGGCCAUCCCGUCUCCCGGACAGGCAUUCGGAUAUGAAGAGGAUGCUCAAGGUGUCCUGCACCGACACAAACCCCCCACCAGAGACCAGACCCUCGGCCCGGCCUUCUACAGUCCCGUACCGCAGGAGCUGUCGUCCUCUCAGAAGUAUCAAGGUGUGCAUUUCGGGAAGAUGUCAGGACGGAGAGAGCAGGUAAAGGGUGGAGACGGACCUGGACCAGGACAGUAUGAUCUACAAGAGGAACACGCUGUCCUCUAUGAGAAUGUGAAUCUCAGGCGAGAGCAGAGAGGCCGUUCAGAGCUGGUCAUCCCUCGAUACCAUGAGCUGGUGGCUCUACAGGAGGAGAAGAAGGGUGUUCCAGGACCAGGGCAAUACUACAUAAAGAGUCAGUUUGAGACGCCCAGUAACCCACACGCUCUUGGGUUGAGUCCACCCUUCCUGUCUCAAGCUCAGCGGUUCAGUCCAGUCAAGGAUGAGACGCCCCCUGUAGGUGCGUAUGAUGACCCGCGCUGUGCUCUGGAGAUCCUGAAGAAAGGCAGAGGGGUGAAGAAGAAUGCUUUCGGCCUGACAGCUGUACGCUUCCUGCCAGAAAACAGAUCGAAAGCUACGCCAGGUCCCGGUGCCUAUAAUGUGUUUGAGUAUGGCCUGGCUUAUGAGAGUUGGAAGAAAGCCUGUCUGGAGAGCACAAGGAAGGGUGCCUUCGGCUCUAUUGCACCACGCCGGCUUUUCCUCCCCAGCAAAGAGGAAAUGAGCCGCCCGGGGCCGACUCAGUACAAGAUGACUUCCCCGGACUACCACAAUGUAAAUUUGAAGAAUAAUGCCUGGAGGAACAUUUCCUUUGCCGUGGGUCUACCAG